AGCUGGAGAUGAGCGGAGAGAAAGUGACUGAAGAGUAAAGAGAUUUAUUUUCUGAUCAGAGCGGCAGUAAAGCCAGAAGAUUUUUUUUACUUAUUUAUUUUUCAGCACCGAGAUUAAAGAUGAGGAUUAUAAUUUGCUUCAGCCUGUGGCUCGCGGUGACUCUGAACUCGCAGGUGAUGGCGGGCUGCCCGAAGGUGUGUGAGUGCCAGCUGGAGCGUCCUGUGUGCCCGCCGGGCGUUAGUUCAGUACCCGAUGGGUGCGGGUGCUGUAAAGUGUGUGCCAGCCAGCUCAACCAGGACUGCCAUGAUGGCCGACCAUGUGACCACCACAAGGGCCUGGAGUGUAACUAUGGCAAUGAUGUGGGCGGCACCCGCGGCAUCUGCAGAGCCAAGCUGGAGGGCCGCUCGUGCGAGUAUAACGGCCGCAUGUAUCAGAACGGUGAGAAUUUCCACGCCGGCUGUAAGCACCAGUGCACCUGCAUCGACGGGGCGGUGGGGUGUGUACCCCUCUGUCCUAGUGACGUCCCGCUGGCCUCGCCCUCCUGCCCCUCGCCCAGGCUGGUGAAGGUUCCCGGUCAGUGCUGUCUGAGCGUAGACUGCCACCGCGACUCCUCAGUGCUGCCACCUGUCUUCAGACGCCCACAGCCACCCCCAUACCUCUACCCUCACCUCAAACCCUAUCCCAAACUGUACCCCAAGCCUUACCCCAAACCGUACCCCCGAGGACGCCGACCUGAAGACACCCUGAGCAACGAGCUGGUGGAGGUGGGGAGGAAGUGGGAGAAGCCACACAAUCACAAACACCUGGCAGCCUGGAAGAAGGUGAGGCGGCAGUGUGUUGUCCAGACAACAAGCUGGACCCCCUGCUCCCGAAGCUGUGGCAUGGGGGUGUCCUCCCGCGUCACCAACGAGAACGCUCAGUGCAAGCUGGUGAAGGAGACUCGCCUUUGCACCAUCAGACCCUGCAGCUCCAUGGCUGUGCCUAUAAAGCAGAAGGGGCGGAAGUGUUCACGUACGCAGAAGUCACCGGAACCCCUGCGCCUGCACUAUGCUGGCUGUCGCAGUUCCCGCCUCUACCGUCCGAACUACUGCGGCGUGUGCCGGGACGGCCGCUGCUGCUCCCCGCGCCGCACCCGGACCGCCUCUGUGACCUUCAGCUGCCCGGAUGGCGAGCACUUUGACAGAAGCGUCAUGUUCAUCCAGUCCUGCAAGUGUAGCGACCAGUGCAGUCACCUGAACGAGGCGUCCCUGCCCCCCCAGCGCUGGCUCUACGGCGACAUACACAAGUUCAUUGACUAGCAUCUAAAAGUGCCCAUUUUACCCCUCCCACUCUCAAACCAGACCUCCCAUAGAGUAGUGUUUUUAAAUGUAAGUCUGAGUGGAUGCUAGACCGAAAGCCUAGAGCUGCCUUCGAUCAUAAACUCCAGAAAACCAGAGAGACUGUUCUAGGAACUUUGGAAAUGUGUAAGCCAGCUCUACCAGGCCUUAGUGUAGACUCUUAGUCUGACAUGAAUCAUGCUGAACAAUAGUAGUAAAGGGUAGUGGAAUGCUGAUAUUAUGGAAAUGAGUGCCAGUUUGACCAUUGAACAUUUUUGCUUGGAGACAUUGUUGGCAGUUGUGAGCCCUACAGUCAGUCAAAGCAAAAGCUUUUAUGGACAUUAGCUUAAACCAACAUUAGAAAACACCAAUGGCCUGUCCCAAAGUUCACAAUAAGUGUUGUCAGACUGUCCAGUUUCACGAAAGUGAAACCACAAUAGAUCAGAUCUUUAGGCAAAGCACAAUAGUCUUUUCUCCAAGUGACCACUUUGAUUGCAUUGACCGUCAGGGCGUUUCAGGUUUCAGGGUCAAACCUAUUUUGACUGGUCCAUAUCUAGGUCUCUUCCCCAUGGUCCUCUUUGGAAUAAAAUUGCCCAAUAUUCCCCAAGGAUACAACAAAUUCACACUACAACGGUUUUGUGCACUUUUGAUCAAUUUAGAGCUACAUCGCAGUAACCUGCCUUUAGCAGAUCCAUAAACCACAAGUGUGGACUUUGAGAAAGGCCUCCAGUAGAAAGUAUUUUAUACUUAUAUAGUUAUAUAUUGACAAGUAAACCCACAUAAUCAUUAAUAAACUCAGAUGUAGGCAGCCACUCUCUUAAUGAAAUGUGGACCCCCGUUUCAUCAUGACGGCUCAGACUAAAACUGCUGGUGCGUGAGCAGGAUUUGAUGCUAGGUGACUGUUUUGUGUUCCCUGCAACAAUGGAAAUAUGUGGACCACAGAGGUCUCUCAGGAAGAGGACACGGGUGAGACUGGGGUGAGAAUCUCACUCUUGAGCAGAUUAUGAUGAUGAUGAUGAUGAUGUUGACUGUGUGGUGCAGGAUUGUACUCUGCGGGUGGGAAACAGAUGGCUUGUUGAGACAGUUUUCCCCAAAUAAUGUGCCUGGGAUCAGCUGGCCAUUAACUCAGUAGAUGAGGUUUUGCUUUUGUAAUAAAAUUGUUGAUGGUAUUUAUUGUAUUGGUGUGUAGGACGAGAGACUGGCUCAUGCUUCAGGUGCAGCCAGCUUGAGCCAGUGACAAAGACUGAUUUGUUGGACUCUUGUUGGGACUUAAAGCAAGACGGGAUGGAAGAAUGUGGGCUUGCACCAUGUGAACUCGACCUGGAACCCCGUGGCGGUGGUGCCAAAGCUGCCAUUUUUCCUUUGGACUCAAGGACCCAGACCAAGGGGGAGGUGGCACUCGUUCACCAAGUGCCACGGUAUUCUGGCGUCAGCGAGUCACUGACUCUGAGCAAAUUACAAUUCUGUCUUCUGGGAGCAGCGAAGAACCCAGCAACCCUCUGGUUUCACUGUAAAAAUACGUUUUAAAGAGCCCGGCUCCAGAAGUAAACAUGUAAUUUGAAGGUGAUGGGUGGGACUGCUCUCCAUCUUGGCUCUCGAUUUGGUCUGUAAUCUAGCAACUGAUGCCUCGAGCACGGCCAGACGAGACCCGCGCUCAUGUGUCUUUAUGACGUUGCGGUCUCCGUUUCGGCCUCCUGGCUCUGAUACGCAAGACGACGGAGGUGACAUCACCCUCGUUACGGAGGCCAUGGCCAGCAAACAGAGGGCACAGGGAUUAGAGCUGGAACCCAGAGACUCACGAACACCACAUGCAGUCCAGCCCUGACGGUUUAGUUUACUGGAGAGUGAAGGGUGACUCUGCACGCUUGGCGAGGGAGUCAGUUGUACAGCUUUGUUCAGCAGGACAGUUUUGGACUUCGCAGAGCCUUUGAGGCUAAAUUGUGUUGUAGCAGCUUUAGAUGUGCACCUUACUAUACUUUAAACAGUAGAAAAGACUGUUUGUGUCAAUAAGUUAACAUGAAAUAUGGAUGGCUAAGGGACAAACCUAUUAGGAACUACAGCCAAAAAAAAGAGAGAGAGAUAAAAGCUAUGGCCAAUUUUAUUUGCUUGUUGAAAAAUAAAUGCAGUACAGAACAGAGGGUGCAACAGUACAGAUAUUUGUAUUUAUAUAUAUAGCUGAGAAUGUGGAUGUGUGAGCUUUUACUGUCCUAAUCAUACUGAAUGUUCUAGCAUUUCAAGAUGACAUUUUGAUAAAGUUAUUCUUUUUUUGAUUGUUUUGGUACUAGAAAACUUUGUAUUGUGUAAAAAACAAUAAUGGAUUUGAAGAAGCUGUUAAAGCAAUAUUUUACGUCAGGCUCUACAUGGGUAUAGUAGAGUUACAUGACUGACAAUGCUAACUGGAUGAUUAACACAGUUAGUUAUUUAAUAAGCAAAUCUAAAGAAAAUGUUUACAGAAAAAGUGGUUAACCCCUUACACCUCAAGUUACUUAUUCAUUUAUUUUAAUAAUCCAAAAACUAUCAAUAAUUUGGUAUCCUUUAGAUAUAGUGUAUGUGCAUGUAUACAUACACACACACAGUUACAAUGUUAAGUUACCAAUUUGAUUGGCUACACUGAUUAUAGAUGUUUAUAUUUAGAUUUUCUUUUUGGUGGGUCUCAGUUAAGCGGUUUGCAAGUUGCAAAAGUGUGGGAACCCACCUGCUGUACAAAAUACAGAAUGUCUCAGAUUAAAGCUACAUUUAAAGUUCUUUGUGCAGAUGUGUCCAGAUCUGGGCACAUUGGCCACUUAAACUAGAUUUCAGCACUUCAUUGAUCAGGAAAAUAGUUUGAUGAUCAGUAAAAAGUACAGUCAGCUGUUGCUGUUAAAUAGAAAAGAUUACAGAAACAGAGGGAGAAGCUUUAUAGUCCCAAAAGAAACUUCACUUUUACAAUUUGCAACUAGCUUUCAAUCAUUGAAUAAAACCUCAACACAUGUUGGCUGACUGUUUUUGAUAAAUAGAAUGGCUAUUUGUAUAGUAGUAAUGGAGAUGUGUUAUCUAAUUUAUCAGCAUUGUAAAUCUGAAAUCAUUUUUUUUCUUGGCAGGCAUUUAACAUUGAACCUACUUUUUGAAUUGUGCAGAAACUUAAAUAUCUGUGGAAUUCUCCAUUAAAUCAAUAAUCAUUUUUCCAAUGGUGACAGCUUUUUACACAACUGCCCAGGCUUGGAUAUGGAAAGUCCUUAAUAAGGAUGCUUCACACUGUACACACAGCACUGAACAGACCAUCACAGAGCUCAAAAGUAUGAAAACUAUUUUUAAUGAAUAAAGACGGUUUAAUGUGCUUUCUUCAUUGUGAAAUUGUCACUUUACACAACACAGCUUUUACUGAUGCAGCUGGGAAAAGGGUUUAAAAAUGUACAAAAAUGAAAAACCUUACUCUAUACUAAACAAACAUUAUUGAACAAACCCCCAUUUACUGUACAGGAAUAAGCUCUCAAAACACCAAACUUCCACUCUACAGAUCAGCCGACUGCACACAACCUUCCCUUUUAGGAAACUGAACCCAGAGAGGAUUCUGGGACGGAAGGACACAAUCACCUUUACCUGCAAAGCCACAUUAACCAGGACUAGUUUCGCCGCUAUUAAAAAUCACUGAUCCCAGUCAACAUGAAAUGUUCAAUCAAUUAUCUGAUUAGACUAAAGAUUGAGAAGGAGGGCCUGUUUUAAAACUAAGGAGAGCAUGGUGUUCUUUUCUAGUGUUUACAUCAAAUAAUUCAAUUCCCCCAAGCAUCUCUUAGGGGUCCAAGCACGGUUUAAACUUCCACCAUCUAGAUCACUCAGUUCGCUCAUUAUUUGAUUCAGUAAUUCACAUUGUAAAACCCUAACCAGACUUAAACUAAAACAUGCAGUCAAAACACGAUAAAGCAGUAACUGUAUAAAAGGCUUUAAUUUCAUUAAAAAAAAAAAAAAAAAAAAAGAAAAAA